AUGGAGAGAGAGGGUCCCCGUUCGGCUUCCUCUGCUCCGCCGUCGUCCCUGAGGUGGGAGAUCCUCCGGGGGGCUUUCCUGGCUAGGUCCACUCCUCCUUCCUCUCCGCGUCGGAACGGUGUGCUUCUCUCUUCCUCCCUCUCUUUUCCCUGUGCAUUCUUCUCUCUCGUUGCGGGAACCGCCGGGGUCUCAGGAUGCCGGAUUUGUGCGAGCAAGUUGCGAUGCGAGGACUGUAAUCUUCGCUCUCCGGCGAGGAUGUUUGUGCGAUGUACUUUUAUUGAUCACUAUCAUCCUCCAAUGCGGAAGUAGCUGGGGCGAGGGAAGCUUGACGAGCGUCGGUGCGCCCGAAUCACGUUCGUUCAUUCUUGCGUUUUCCUGGCCGUUCCCAUUUGGUCCUCCGACAGUUUGAAGGUGGUAUCUACAACAGGGGCAUUCUUCUCGUCGAGUUGAAUGAGGCUAAUUUGCGUCGACAAUUCUUUGGAGAUGUGAUUCUUCUUGUUCCUGAUUCGCCGAUAUUGGCCCAUCUACAUGACUGUGAUCGACUUUACUAGGGGGGAUUAUUUGGCAGGGGUUUGAUGAGAUCAAUAAUUAGGAUACCUUGGGCAGUUUAAGCAUUUGGACCACCUGCUAUUAGCCAUUUUUAAUGUCCUAUGGGCUGCUGUUUUUUUUCUCCCUUUCUGGAAUGAAUUUAAGUCGGACAAACAAUCUGAUUGCUUUCAACGAGUUGCAUUCUUUGACUUUAGAGAUGACAUCUGCUAGUUCAUCCCGUGUUUCAUUGGCUUCAUCCUCGAAGUUAACAUCUGGUUAGUCAACAUUACCUUCAUGUUGUCAUCAAAUUGCACCGUAGCAUGGGAUUCUUCAGUAGAUUGAUCAAAUGUAGGUUGAAGAGAUUAACUUGUAUUGAUCACAAUGUUAUUUUUCCCAAAAUAAUGUGCCACUAAAUUGUUGAUAGAAAGGGCUCCUCGGUACUUCACCUUUAUGUGGAAUUCGAUGCUCGUUUCUAUCAGGCUUCCUCAUUAGUGUUCAACACGUUUUGCGCUUAUUAUUUUAUUUAAGGAAAAGUGUGGUCUCUCACUAUUCACAGCCAACCAAUGAUAUGCAGAUGCUUCGUCUCAAGUGGACAGAAAAAUCAUUUCUAGAAGGACAUCAAGUCACUUUAAUAUGAUCCCGCGACAUUUCAUAAGUGAGAAUUUUUCUGGAGCUUUGGACGUUCCAUUAGAAGUUAGACACUCAGACAGCAAGAGAGAUAUUAGUGUCCUCUACAAGUUGCCUGUAAUGACAGCUCAUAGCCUUGUUCUGACGUAAGUUAUUAUUUCAUCCCGUUUUGGAUGAAGAUUCAGUGAUCCAUUUUUGUUGUGCCAUUUAGCGUAAAAAGAUAAAAGUUUUUUUUCGUGAUGUAACGCAGCCAUCUUAUGCAAUCGUUUCGUAUGCGUUUUCGAUCUUCAUUUCCUAGUUUUUUCCCAUUGAGGCCUUGAGAUAUUUACAUUGUGCCAUUUCUCUCGAAGUAUCUGUAGCAUCCUAUUCUCGUUACUGAGUGAUACGUCAAUCUGCAUCCAACUUGUUUAUCUUUUGUAGAAAUUAUGGGAAACACAGUUAUCCUUAUAUCCAUAGUGAAGUCAUUGCCCAAAUCUGGUUAUAGUUUCAUACCCUUGAGGCUGUUGAAUUGCAGUCAUGAGUGGAGAUUCAUCCUACGUAGCAUUAUCAGACUUCUCCCGAAUUGAUCUUCAUACUUUCCAGAUGAGGGAGAGCGUUUUUGCUAAACUCUUGGAUUCUCUUUCAGAAAAUUGUAUCCCGCAAAAAUCUCAACCACUCUGUUGGCUGUUGCCAGAAAAUCUGUCAUCAUUAAUGUUAAUAUUACCUUCAUUUUAUUAUUUCCCCUGGUAGGACAACUAGACGAUCAGCAUUUUAUUGAAACUUUAUGACGAAACAUUGUUGGAGUCUGUGUGAUGUCAUUAUUGCACCUCAUUAUUGUUAGACAUCUUUUAGUAAUAUCAUGGUCUACGGCUAGCUCUGCAUUCAUGUAUUAUUGAUAUCUUCGGAUGCUACCAAAAUAUUCAUCCCUGGGUCAGAGUCUUGGGCCCCACUAAAUCUCUAGGGUUCUCACGUUUGUUCCAUAAAUGGGAUUUUAUGAUCGAUUUAGUUUAUUGAACGCUAAAAUAAUGUACAAGGAGGGAGCACACCUGUUAAAUUUGUCAACAAAUGAUUUCACAAUGGUUCCCGCUGUUUUUUCCUUUGUAAAUUUUCUUGUAUCCCACAUUUUGAGACUGAAAGAAUUGUAGUUCAUAUGAUUGAUGCGCAUGACAUUAUUUCUUCUGAGGCACAAUUUUUGAAUUAGAUUUUUAGUUGGCUAUCGCGUGUUAAAUUUUAAUGGGUUUGUCGAGGAAUGGAAUACGGUUAUUGAUUGUGUGAAAUUAAUGGAUUUCGUUGGGAAAAAUGCCUGUGAGCAGUUUUUUUUGGUACUAUAUUCCCUUUUGGCCUGUGAUGAUUAAUAUUUAAUUCUUCAGAAAUGUAUUGCAGGCAAAGAAUGGAGAACGAGGUUGAUCUCAAAGAUUUUGAAAUUUCAAAUCAAUUCAACAUUGACAACACUGGACUUCUCUGUAAGCAUAUUUUUUAUGUCUCAUAAGGUUCAGUUGUUCUACAAUGGAAGCAACUGAGUUAUUGUGUGAUUCAUUUUAAUGUCCUAAUAAAGUUCCCCUGACUUCUGUAUGAAAUUUUUCUUUUUUUGAAUGGACCUUCUCUGAAUGGGUUUCUAAUUUUUCCUUUCACUUGAGAUUUUUAAAAUUUUUAUUUCAUUAGUCAACUCUAAUCUAGGCGUUCUCUGAUUAUAUAUUCGAUUGCUACUAGUACGUUAAAGAGUAAAUAUACAUCGGAAAGGAUGGGAAAUCAAGAGCUUAUUUUCACUUUGAAAUGCCAAAAGUGCACAUGAGAACACAUCUGGUCACGCUCAGAACAGCAUCAGACGUGUUUUACACAAUAUAUAUUUUUAAAUGCGCUUGGCCAAUUAUGGAUUACGAAAACUAAAAAAAAAUUGGAUUUUGUUUUCAAGGCACCUAAACCACUGCCUAUCGAAACUAUGUUGAAAGGGAAUUUAACUUAGAUAUAUAGACGAUAUGAUUUGCUGAUUUCUUGUUUUCAGUUGGGUCUUGAUCUGAUGAUUUCCGUAUAGAGUAUCGUGGAGGCAGUACCUUUUGCAUCUGGACCUAAGAACAUUCACCUCGGUCAAAAUGUUGAAGAUUUCCUAAAAUAAUAAAUAGAAAAGAAAAAAAAGAAAAUCACCAUAAGUUGUCUUUCUUUCCCUUCUCAGUAGAAUCACCAUAACAUUCAGCAUCUUUCUUGCCCUUCUCAGUCGAAAUAGAUGUCUUGGUUCUACUUCAGUUAAGGAGACCCUUUUUAUGGCCUAGGCGUAGUUUGAUUCAUAAGAUCCUAUUUCAAUUGAUACCAUCAUUUUAACUUUCCCUUGGAAAACUAUUUCAUCUUUUUCUUCGUCAUUUCUCAACAUAGUUAUGGUCAAUCUUGGAAUCCUUUUCUUGGUGGUUUCUUUCGUUUCAUAACUUGAAUGAUUUGAAAUUCGAAACAUCAACUGUGCCAUAUCAUACCUUUACCGAUUGCAUUGUUGCAGGUUGCUGGCCUUCUGAAGAUAUACUCGCUCACUUUUGUUUGAAGAACAAAGAUAUUUUCAGGUCUGGUUGUUUUCUUGCUUUUAGUUGAAAAUUUCAAAUGAUUCUUUUUGACAUAGUCCAUUUUCUCAGUGGCAAGAAGGUAAUCGAGCUUGGUUCUGGCUAUGGACUAGCUGGUUUAGCCAUUGCAGCGGGUACAGAUGCACGAGAGGUUGUCAUAUCUGAUGGGAAUCCUCAAGUUGUUGAUUGUAUCCUUUUUACUUGGUGGUUUUGCUCGUUACUAUGACUUCAUCUUGUGAUGAUUAUCGUGAAGUGACCACCAUGAAGAGAAAAUUGGUGUUAAUUUUUUAACUGACGUUAUUUAUUUCAUAACUGUUGACUUCUUAAUUUAUUAUAAAAAAUUGUGAACCACUUUGCACGAAUACAUCGUAUCUAAAUAUUUUCAUUAUGCUCGUACCAGUGGCACACAUUGAGUUUUAUUCUUUGGUGAAGGCAGAUCUCUCCUUCUGUGGGCUGCCAAUGAAAAAGGCACCAUCGUCACUUGUUGGUAGUCUAUCAGUAGAUGUAUGCUUUUUCGUGCACACAAUACUAGCGAAUGGAUCCGAUGUAUCUUCGUCUGUAACAUCGAGUGAAUCUCAUUUGCGUUGCUUUAUUUUUGUUCUUUUUCUUCAUAUAGUACGUAUUUUUAUUUUAGCGAAUGGAUCCGAUGUAUCUUCACUUGUUGGUCAAGGAAGUUUUUGUGAUGGUAUGCCUCUAGGAAUUUCUGGUACUUUCAACUUCAUGAUUGUAUUCCAGGCAGAACACAACAUCCUUAUGCAUCCAUUCCACAUGUUAGGCGUAGCUGGUGUAUUCGGCGGCUCCCUAUUUAGAGCUAUGCAUGGUUCCUUGGUAACUUCUAGUUUGAUCAGGGAAACCACUGAAAACGAGUCUGCGAACCCUGUCACAGACAGGAACCAGAUUGCACAGAAGAGGACAACAAAGAUGAACAAGGAACAAUCCACAGUGAUGAAUAUGGAUUGUGAGUAACAAACGAGGGGCUUUCGAAGGAAACCCAGAACAGUCGGGACGGAUUCGAGAGUGUCUCUCUCUCUCCCACUGACUUCCUUCCAAAAAGUGCCCUCGAAAGGGCGGUUCAAGGGUUAUCUACCCUAACUCUCUAAGUGAGCUUUGGGCCCACUUUGUCUUCAGUUCUCUCUUACGGUCUCCUUCACCAUUCGGCCAUAAGUGAGCCCAAAACGGGUCUGGGCCGAGGUUCCUUCUGCUGGCCCUGAAGGCGGUCCAGAGGAGGGAACCAAACACAUUCUCUCAUAGUUUCCUUCUUUGAUUGGUAUGCUCUAGAAAAAGCUUCCCCAUCUGAAGCUUUAAAUCGUGACUUGAAUCACAGGUGGAUUGUGAAAUAGUUGAGUGGGGCUUACAUUAAAUGCAUCCCUUCUUCGCACAGCGUGGAUUGUCUUCAAGAACCCAUGCCAUUUUUUUUUCUUAUUUAUGCGACUACGGUUAAACCUCCCCCUCCUCCCUUCCUAUCCGGUGUGAUUACUGUGUAAUCUGAAGUUUUUGCUUUCAAAAUUCGGAAAUGGAAUUGAUUACCAUUUUAGACAUCCACAAUGUCGCCACCUUGUUUGGUCCUUCUUUUUUGCUACUUAAUUGCAAUUCCUAAACCUUCAGACCUUCAACUUAAUAUCGACACCAAUAUUAGGUCAUUUGGUGACAAAAAAGUGAAAGCAAUGACAUUGCAUUGGGAUCAGAAACUAGAUUCAUGCAUGCUGAGCUCCUUUGAUGCCAUUGUUGCAAGUGACUGGUAUGUUUGACUUCCUUACACCACAUUCUAUGUUUUUUUUUCUUCCCACAAAUCCGUACUUUUCUAUUAUUUUCUGUGUCGUUGUGGUCAAAUAUAACCGUAGAAUUAUGUUUUUUAUGCACAGCAUUCUAUGUUGCAUUCAUCUUUGCUCAUCAUUUAUUCGCACUUUUAUGGAAAUUCAGGAUUGUAGGAUGCUUAUCUUCCCCCAAAAAAAUGAAACCUCCUUUUGCGAUGCUUCACUUUUUCUCCCGAAUCAUGGAUUAAUUUGAUUCUAUUCUCCUGAUAUCGACCCCGUAAAAGAUGUGCUGAAAUCCCAAUAUUCCUAUGGAGACUGUUGAUCAAAAGCCGUAUGAAACUCAUUGCAUGUAUGGAAUGACUCCGUCUGUUGCAGACUAAUCGUAGAAUGUCACCUACAUUGAGUCUGAAAAGAAUCUUAGAAGUUUUCCCCGCUGUUGUCUGAAAAGCGUCAGCCUGAGGAGGGAUGGUAGCCAUUGUACUAGAAGGGGGGGGGGGGGGGGUAUGAGAUAGCGAUUCUUUCCUGUUUAUCUCCUGACAUAGCGAUUCUUUCCUGUUUAGAGGAUUUGUAGCAUCCCUAGAUAAAAGUCUUGGCGUGCACACAAGAGCAAGGCUGGACCACAGCUUGCCAGAAUUGGGAAGUAGGCAGCAUGAUCUUGACCCUUAGCCUUCCUGAACAAGAGUUAGGCAUUAUGAGAUAAGCUAAUGAGAUAUGAAACUCCUCAACUGUCUAAUUUUUUCCCCUGAAUCUUCCAUACUAAGUCCUUGAUUCGUCAAACUUUUUGUAAAGCCCUGAAAUAGUGGAACACGCAACUUAACAAUCCAUGCAUGUAGUGGUUUGCCGUGUCUCUAGCAUUCAUCAAUUCGUGCACAUCUGACUCGAGAACCACCCAUUACAGCACUUUCUUCAAGGAAUUUCACGAAGCCCUUGCACUUACGGUCAAAUCCCUGCUGAAAAAUUCGGAGAGGUCAACGGCCAUACUUCUGAGUCCCAGGAGAGGCGACUCUUUGGACAAGUUCUUGGUCAAGGUUGAGGAGAUCGGCAUGCGAUCUGAAGUCGUCGAGAACUACGACCCGGCGGUCUGGCAGCGCCACCUCAUGUUUCUGAGUGGCGAGGACAAAUCAUGGCCCAACUAUGACGAGGAUCACUUCUAUCCGUUGCUCGUGAAACUCUCGUUUGGAGACCCCACCGAAGCCCCCUUCCUCCAGACUCUGCCAGGUAACUAA